AAACAGGGCAGUGCUUCAUACAGGAAGCCAAAUUUGCCCGUCAAAAACAACAAUCCAAAUCGAAAGCGUGACAAGAGCUGAUCCGCAUUUGCACCCCCUGCAAUUCCCCAUGCAAAUUUGUACAACUUCGCAAGCAAACGGCUCAUUAGGUGCCCGGACAGCUAUCCGUGGGCACGCUUCCUCAGCUGAUGCACGCAGGGCUAGCAAAGGUGGACGGAGCGAGCGGAUCCGGGAUGUGCAGCUCUAGCUCUUCUUGCCGCGAAGAAGCUCAGCGCGUAGUUUUGUUUUCGGAGCUGGAAAGAACCGGCUGGUAGAGGAGGCAAUGCAGAGCAAGCCCCGGCGCACCGUCGGGGCUCUGGCACGGCCGCCGAGCUCUCCCGGGGGAGCUGCCGAGGGGCCCGAGGGCCCCCCUGCUCGGCCCCAUGCCCCUGAGGGAGGGCAGGAGCCUCCAGCUCCCGGGCUAUAAAAGCCAGGCGAGGCCUGAGGUGGGCUUGGCGUGAGCUGGAAAUGCCUCCCUGGAACCAGAUUAGCUUUAAAGGAAACCUGUCGCCGACGGCCUGCCCUGUUGUACCCACCGCGCGGCGAGAAAGCUCCGAGGAGAAGCUGAGGGCAAGCUGCAUCUCGGAGACGGUCCAUGGGGACUGUACCAGAUCCUCUGAGAUCUGCCAAGCUUUCCCUGGUCACAGCUUCUGCAGAGGAGGACCACCUGGGAGACCUGCAGUCUGCUAACCGCCAGCCCCAACUACCCAGCGGCGAAAGGGCCAGCAAUGGCUUCCCGUGCACGCCAUCCGGCUCUGCUGGAGUUUGCUUGUUCGACCUGAAAUGCACGCUGGCUGCCAGCACACAGAGCUGUGAGCAAUGCCGCAAGGACGAUGCUAGCCAGCAGGAAGCCUUUCCUCCCGGGCUCGCCAGCAAAGCUGCAGAGGGGCACCCUGCAGCCAUAGAGCCUGCUGGUUGCUCCUGGCCAGCGGGCAGCCGGGGACCAGCAGCGCCAGCCCCUGCUGCAGCCGGAGCCCCCUUGGCGGGACGAGGGCCAGAGAUGAUGCCAGCCCCCCAGAGCUCCCGGCAGUUUGUGCAAGGCAACCAGGUGAAAACGAGCUCCCUGACGCAAAUGGAUGACUCUGCCUUGAAACCUCAGGGGAGUGAUGAUCAGCCGGCACUUGAGGUGUUAAAUUAUUCUUCCCCAGGCGACCCUAUCAGGGGUAAUGAGUCCUGUCGUACUUCUCAGGCAAACCUUCUGCAAAGAGGGGAAAAAGACAGGGGAGCAGAAAAAAAUGGUUCUGCUGCAUGUCAGUCAGCCUCGCCAGCGAGGCACACCGAAGCUGACCUGGGGAGAGACCCACAGACCGGUUUGGAGGCGAAAAGCGGGGCUGCAGACACUGCGCAGUUGCAUCCCACAGGCAAAACUGAAGCGGUGCAGAGCAGCGAGGCACUGGCCCAGUCUAGUCACGAGAGUCUGCAUCCCAUACGCAACACGGACGCCGAGCCGGGGAGUCCAGGCCCCACCCAGGUCUCCAAAUUCAGAGAAGCGGGUACAAUGACGGUUCAGCCAGAGAGCAGCUCUUUAACUCAGGAAGCAGUAAGCAGGACAUGGCGAGAUGCUGAGGUUCAGGCAGUGGCUACUGUGGAGAGCAAAUCGGCCUCCACCAGUCCCAGCAUCCUUGCUGCCUUCUUAAAAGGAAAUCCUCCUCCAGAGGAGAAGGAAGAACUGCACAUAAUUUACCAGGGAGGUAUGGGGCUGAGCCAGGCUGCACUUACUGACAGUUUAUCCUCACAACAAAAGUCCCCAUGUUCUCCCGGUGUCACGUCAAAAUCAACUGUUGUUAUGGCUGCGACUGCUUCAGCCCAAACCCAGCCUGUCAAACUGCCUGGGGUCCCAUCUGACGUGGUGUCUCCAGCAGCAGCAGAUAAUGCAAAACCUGUUCUCCCCUCCUCCCCUGCAGCCGUUACCUCCCAAGGGACAUCUGUGGGUAAUGCUGAAACGAUCGGUGCAGCCCGUGAUGACAAGGAUGCUGCUCAGCUGCCGAUGGAUGCUCCAGUCCCACCAAAGCCCAUCCCUGUUGAGCAACUUGCAGUUGACUCCGGUAAUCAAACUCCAGCACGGUCUGGGUCUGGCACUGGCGAACCAAGCACCACUUCUGCCGCCGCUGUCCCAGGAACCAAGAGCAACGUGCAAGAUGUUGUCCAUGAUGCAGGAAGCAGCCGGUUACCCUUACUCUGUAGCACAGUCAGCGAAGUCAAGCAGAAGGAGGUCCCGGGCAGCUCUGAGCAAAAGCCUGUGCACAGUAAGGGUGCGAGUCAAGGGGAGGCCAUUCCUAAUCAGUCUGUGGUAAAACCAAAGGAAGAAAACUCAGUGGUGCUUGAUCCUAAAGGAGGGAUGAAUGUUAGCAGCCAACAUGCCGCUGUCCGCAUACAGGCCCGCUCGAAGGAUGAAAAGGAGGAGAGCAGCGGCCAGGGGGACGCUGGCCAGGCUCAGGCAGCCGGCGGCCAGAGCCUGCAGGCAGGACUGACGCCCGAGUUGAGUGCCAGUUCUACACGUCUCGCCCCCCCCUUGGAGGCACCAGCAGCUCCCCGGCAGCAAGGCCUCCAGGCCAAGGAGUCCAGAUGCGAGCUUCACACAGCAGCUCUUCCCGCUUCAGCUCAGGCCUUGCCAAACCUGGGGGAAAACAAAAAGCAGCCCACCCUGGCCAUGGAGGCGAAAGUGCAGGUGAAGCAGUCCAAACACGUCAGGGAUGUUGUUUGGGACGAGCAGGGCAUGACGUGGGAGGUUUACGGUGCUUCCCUCGAUCCAGAAUCCCUGGGAAUUGCCAUCCAGAACCACUUACAGAGACAAAUACGGGAACACGAGAAACUGAUCCGGGCCCAGAACAGUCAGACCCGGAAAUCCAUUUCCUCGGAUACAUCCUCAAAUAAAAAACUGAAAGGGAGGCAGCACAACAUGUUCCAGUCCAUGCUGCAGAAUUUUAGGCGUCCUAAUUGCUGCGUCCGACCUGCUCCCUCUUCUGUGUUAGACUGACGUGGUUUGCAGGGGUGCGUAGAUGUCUGCGGUGGUAGAGAGAAUCCCUCCCCCCAAGUCUUGAGUCCUGCUGUUCAGUUGUGUUAUUGAGGUUGUGAUGCAGCAACAGUGGAAAAUUAUUCCUCUUUGUUUUCUGAGUAGCCACACGCUCCAUCACACCGUUGUUAUUGCCACAGCUGGUGUAUUUCCACAUUAUGCCCCCAUCCUGACUACUGUCAGAUGAAAAGCUAGGCACUUAGCAAAAGCACAAAUUUAAAUUGCCACCUUGCUGCAGGGAGAGCAGCACCUUCUGAUAAAGCAAGAAGCAGAGAGAUUGUCAGAAUUAUUAUGGGAAGUUAUUUGUGUGCAUCACAAGGUCUUAUGCAAAGGGGUGGGCUGGGGAAGCUGGGUGGAGAGAAACUAAGGUUCCACAGCUGAGACCUAACACAAGACAACUUUCCUGGUGUGUAAGUUACCCACACUGAGGCAAGUCCAUGAAAAGGCUACAGGCAUUGAUCACUGAGCAGUCUCACUUCUGUUGAUGCUGUGGGGCACCGUUCUCAUGUGAGCCCCAGAGAGCCAGGUCUUCCCCUCCCAUUGAAAUGGAGAACCAGGCAAAGAGUGAGGAUCAAGGCUGAAGCAUUAUCUUUUGGAAGAAUGGGAUUUUGAUGGCUAGAAGGGGAGGUGAGAGAGGGAUAUAUUCUGCAGGCUUUUUCUCCCCUGCAUCAGUCACGCUUAAGGUAUAAGCACGCGAUGCACACGGGGCAGGCGAGGCAUGAGAGAGCACGUCAGUAGAUGUACCCGCAUCUGAUGGGACGAUGCCCUCACUCGUGCUGUGGCACUCCAGCCAGGUCUUUCAAAAGCAGCGAGCCAUUCUGGCUCCGCAGCCGGCUUGGGCAGCCCCUGCUCCCAGCCUCCCGCGGCACUGAGCACCUCUCCCAUAAAUCAGUCUUUAAAGUGAUAUGGAUCUUUCUUCUCUCUCCGGAGAUGCACAGUAACGUUUUCCCGCAGGUGCAGGCUAUCCUGUGCGUCUGGGUCCAUGAGCCUACAUGUCUAGUGUGUUACACUGGUUAUUUUCCUUUUAGGUCCUUAGCCAAAUCUAGGGGGUUUUUGCAGUAUUUUGGUGCUUUUCUUGCUGCCUUUCAUAAACCAAGUAGCAUUUAUUUAGCCUGUGCGUAUUUUGUUUUACCUAAUGCUCUCUAUAUUAUAAACCAUUAUAUCGUUAACUUGAAACAUUUACUUUACAAAAGUACUGAAAGCUUGAGACAAUCUUUGCUGUAUUUCUAAUGUUAGAAAAGUUGUAGAAACUGCUAAUAAAAGGUAGCUUAGUGACUGUUUCUCCAGAAGUGUGAUACACAAUAAUGUCUCAAAUGUACGUUGGUCACAUUUCUCACCUUAAUAAUAUUUUUCAGCCUGGGAAAUGUGUUUCCCACUAGCUUUUUAUUCUGUCCACUAGAGCUCAUGACGGGAGGCUGGGGAACUCCUGUAGUUUGUAGAAAAUUUAGUUUUCAAUCCUGCAAAGCACUGAGGAUUCGGAUAUUGUACUCCUGCAGAGUACUAGAGUUAAAUAGGGGUUGUUUUUAUUCCAUUAAAGACUUUUCAUGAAUCACGAUGAUAAUUUAUUUCUGUCUCUAGUAACACACACCUGACUUACUCUGUAGAUCUUACUCUUACAACUUACUCUGUAAAUCUUACAGUUUUACACAAUGUAAAUGAGUAUUAAUAUCUUUUUUUCUUUUUUUUUUCUUUUUUUUUCUGUGAAGCAGACCUGAGGUUGUCCCCUUUUACUUAGGAGGCCAGACUUUUUGAGUAUGUGAACUGCCAAACCUUCAAAGCAGCUGGUUAGGGGCAAUUUUUCCCCAGCAGAGAGGCAAAAUACUGUAAGAUGCAAUAUUUUAACUCAGUUCAGUGAAAGGUGUUGCCCCUAGGCGUAGUACUGAGUUGACUCCUAUUUUUCCUCUGUAUAUAUUUGGGGGCUUUAUGGCACAUCCUUGUUCCAUUUCUGUACAUUAUUUCAAGUCCUCUCUCACUUGAUGCUGAACUGCUAAUUCUGAAAUACUACAUUAGAGACUGUCUUCCCGCCUCUCCCUACCAGAAGGAAAGUCUCCUACCUUUUUUCUGUUGGUACUACUGUUUCCAGCCCCUUCCUAGCAGUGUCUGAGAUGUGAGUUUCAUGUGAAAUUUUGUGUGGGAUUAACAUUGGCAGUAACAAUAGGUCAGGUUAGUUGACAAGUUCAGUGUCUCUUCCCAUGUUGUGUCCAUGUCAGCCCUGCAGAGGUUCCUCAAGUUGUCCGCAGUGUUUGCUGUGUCCUGUCCAGGUCCAAGGCUUUGCGCUGCUCCUUUCACCUCCCUUCUACCUCCUCCCUCGCUAGCUGCUGCCGCCCAGCCUGUCUUCCUGUGAAAUGGUGUCCCUUGGCUCAGCUCGCGUCCCUCUGCACUGUCCCCCUCGCUGUAGCAUUGUGAGCCAGCUUACUCUGACCUAUCCCUUCACAAAUAUGCUCAGUCUGAAUAUAUAAAUGGAUUGUCAUAUUUUUUUCCAGAGGAGAAUAAAUGGCUAUCGCGCAUUCACUGAUUUCCAUGAACUUUAUCCUUUAGCUUAAGCUCUCCAAAAUAUUUGUAGCAUAUGGGUAUGAGUUGCUUUAUUGAGACCAAACUGGGCUUGGCAAUGAAUGAGCAGGGUGCUGAGCCAGCACUGGAAUUAAUUUUUCUUCAUGAGGAAUGGGAGAUCUCUCCUGGUUCCCUGCAGCUGCUUCAAGCUGUGAGUGUUCACCACCCACACCUCCCUCCCCACCACAAACGACAUUUCUUCCAGGAAAAUUUCAUUAAUACAUAUGUACCACAAAAUGCUGAUGGGCAAGUUACUAAGUGGAUGCAUCGGAACAACUGCAUGGGUAUAACUGGAAAAAACAUAGUGGUCAGCAGAGCACUGUGCUUUUGAAUUUUGGGAAAAUACGAGUGCAAAGACAAACUGCAAAAUGUCUGUGAAGCUGUCUGGUGGGCACAGAAGUCCUGCAGGUGUGUGUUUGAAGCCAAGCAAUAACAUGCCAAAAACCAACACACAAAAAUGAGUCAAUAAUCACAAGCACACCUCAUGGAAAAUAUUUUAGGUUUUCACUUUGUCUUGCUAGGGCAGACUGUAGGCAACCUGCUAGUUUAACGCUGGUAAUUUAUGCUGUCUCCUGCGUACAAUGUCUAGAUGACAACGUGAAUCCUUGUAGGGAUGAUGCAUCUUUCACCAGCAGCAAAACAGAACCAUGGUUUUGUUAGCGAUUAGCAAAUAUUAUGCGAGUGGUCUUGUAGCAGCCAAAAAAGACUGUUCUUGGUGUCACGUCAGCAUCGAAAAUGAAAGCGUGCUUGGAGUAGCUGUAUGGCAGAGGGUAGGGGGAGAUGAUUCGCAUGCUCCCACUCUUUUUCUCUGCCCAGUGACUCAGAAUUACAUUGCCUUGGUUGGAUGGUUAACAACCAAGGAAAUCCAUUUGGGCUAAUAAAAAGAGGGUUCAAAACAGAAAGUACUUUGUCAUUCCCAAGAUUAAAUCUGUACGGGGGAAAAAGAAAAAAAAAGAAAAAGACCUGUGUUGCAGCCUAGCCAGUUGAAGUAACUCUUAAAUUCAGUUUGUUGCGAGAUGAGAAAUUUUGGGAAACAAGCUAAUUGUCAGGAAACUCUUCCUUGUUGGUCGCAUCUUCUGGGAAGGCUGAUGUGCCAGAACCAUUAAUAAAAGCAGUGAAUGAGAAUGGAAGAGUUACUUCUAAUUUCACUUCAGGAGCUUUCCACCAGGAAAGGAGAAUAAGCAUGUUUCAACGUUGCCAAUACAAAACCUGAGUUGAAGGAGAACCUCACUGCAGGCAACUUGCAAUAUAGUCCUGGAUUUCGUGUGAGGCUGUGACAUCCACCACUGUCUGUGUGCACUUGGUUGGUGUCUGCCAGCUUUGCGUUGCCUUGGGCACAAGUGCUGAAGUCCUGCCCCGUUUCUGCUGACUUGGUUUGGAAAAAAGAGUAGGGAAAGAGCUGGAGGGACAAGGAGGAGAAUAUCUGUCUUCUGCAUUUCAGAGGAAGAAAACCUUCUUUGGAAUAUACAAGAAGGAAUUGCUAAGAAACAUGGUGAGGGAGGGACCAAAAGAGAAGUAAAAUGAAGUUGAUGUAGGUGCUUUGCAAGGAAUUCUCCUUCCUAUGUCUAUAAAGCCAAUGUUUUGCUGAAGUUUUGCCUAUUUGUUCAUUCUGAGCUCACGCAUUUUUCAUAUUGUUGGUGUCCCAUGGUUUUUAGGAAAAUGAACAUUUUCAAAGGCUGUAUAUUUUGCUAGUAUGUAUAGAUCUAUCCAAAUACAAUUCAACAAAACCACCAGGCAAACAACCUCAGUUUAUUAGUGCUGCUACCACGUAAGAGCUUGUAAAAUGCACCAUUUGGAGAAGUAUAUUCAAGGGAUUCGGAAAAGGUGAAUAUAUGCUCUAAAGAGAACACUAGCUUUUAUCUUGAAUUUCAUGACUAUGUUGAAGUGUUAAAGUUACAAGUGGAAAUCCAAAUGGAAAUCAGCGUUGAAGUUGAUGGGAAAUUCAAAUUGGCUGCCAUUGGUUUUCAGUUUGGAAACUUGAUGGAAUCUACCAUACCAGUGUUUCAUUACUUAGCUCAGUAUAUGCAAGAUUUGGAUGAAAGCAGAAAUUUUAUUAGCUUAUUAGCUCCGUUGUCUUGUUCUGUGUCCAUCCUUCUACACCUUUUAAAAAUGAAUGCAAAAGGUUACCAAGAUAGAGUAAGUCUUUCACACCCAACAUAUGGAAAUGGCUGCUCUGAAUGAGAGACAACUGAUUGUCAGGCUCUGUGGUCUUAGAAAGUUAAGGGCUAUGGUCUGAAGGAAACCUUCCCCUCUCUUUGGUUUGGUUUUUUUUUCCUGUUUUUGUAACAUCUCAACCUCUGCCAGUUUAUUUUUUGGUGACUGUGUGAUGCCUGUCUGAGUGGACAGCACUUUCAGUCAUCCCAAAGAUAUGCACGUAGAUCCCUAUCCAAAUGCCACACAUUACCAAAUAUCUCUGGAGUCACUGGAUGCUGCGGUGGUCCAUGGAGCUGAAGGUCAGGUCCUGUACAUUGAAAUGGCUGCAGUGUUCUCUUAGGGGCCUAAAUUAUGCCACUUGAGUCGGUGUAGAUGUUUAAAAGAAAGAAUUAAUUAUUACAGCUGAAUCGAGCCAAGCUGAAAUGAAUAUAAUCCCUUUUUUUUGAAACUCUGAGAUUUAUUGGGUUUUCUGCUUUGUGUUUUUCUGAGCAGCUCUUCCUUCCCAGCGUUUAUAAUGUGGAUUUUUCAUCAAAUCCUGGCAAGGAAGAUUUUGCAAUGUGAAACAUACCUUUCAUCAUUCAGGCUUCUUUAAAGAAGAAAAUGAUGUUAAUACUGAGCCCAGUCACACAGAGAGGAAAUAUUUUUUCCUCUAGGAAAAUGUUUGCUGUAGGUAAGCUUAUGUGUUGCAUGUGUCCAUGUUUAAAAGGGGCGUACACAUGUGCAGGUCCCAUGCAUUACUCAUACUCAUUAAGAUGAUUUUUUUUCCCUUUGCCCUUCUGAUUGAAUGCUGGAGGCUUAGCAUUUUCCACAACUUUGAAGCAAGUUUAGAUCACUCUGCAAUACAGAAACAAGGAUUUUCUCCUUAUCUGGUCUCUCAAAAAAUUCCCACAGCCAUAUCUAAAAAAACCACCAGUUGGCCAACCUCUGGGUCUAGACUGUCAACAGAAAGUGCAGUGGCUGGGGUGUCCAGAGCUGUACACUGGCUCCUGAGCUUUGUGGAAAUCCACACUUGUAUGUACAAACUGGCUUCUACACAAAGACAAUGGGUGAUAGCAAGCAUCUGAGCUCAUUAGGAACAGAAUCAUGUCAACUGGGUCCCGUUUGAAAUACUAGACCUUAAGUUUUUGUUAGCUUUCUGCUUAGACCGACACUCUCUGGAGUAGAAAUAAAUGACAAUUCUGCCAGCAAAGUCUCCAGCAGUUGUCUGCUGCAGAAUAAAAGUCUCUCCAAUGCUUCUCAGCAGCUCUGCUACAACAGGCAACCCUUCUGUUGGAGGGUCCUCCUGACAACACUUCCCUUAGCCCAGUUCAUAAUCAAUAGUUUCAAGUACAUCAAACACAAGUUUAGCCAGUGCCCUGAAGAAUUUCAGUAAAAUGGAAGAGAAAGAUCCAUGCAUUCGUGGUACAUAAAAUCACGUCUGAAGUUAAGGUCUCAGCUGCACCCUGAAAAGCAUUGGGAGUUUCUACCCAGCAUUAAAGGGAGAGAGGGUAGGUGAACUUUGAAUUCCUGGCUGUUGCAAGCACCGCAAAAAUGAUGGCUGUGAAUCAGUCAGCAGCAGCAGAAAACCAACUUGGGGGCUUCUAACGACAACGAAUAUUAUUGUGGCUUUAUUAUUUUUAUAGCUACACUGACUGAACGUGAUGUACUGUACAAAGUAAAGCUAGUAUUAGGCUUCCAGGUGAACCGUGGCAUUCAUUCGAGACAUACCAACAGAAGUUUGCAUGUGAAGAAGUCUUACAGUGAUACUAAAGCAAUGUUACCCACCUGAUCGAGUCCCUUGGGAAUUUAAUGUUUUGCUGUUUUACAUCUCCUGGUUUCCAUGCUGAGUACAAUAAAAUGAACACUGUCUUAAUUA